CGUUGACUUAGAAUAUGCAGACGACAGGCUCUGAGGGUACUGUACUAGACGAAGCCAAAAUAUUAACCAAUCACUUUCUGCUCUUGGUACUCUGAUCAAUGCACUUUUAGUAGGAAGUUCUUACGGUCCUUAUCGUGAAUCUAAAUUAAACCGCAUUCUUCAAGAAUCUCUUGGAGAGAAUGCACGAACAACUAUGGUGAUGUGUUGUUCUCCUGCUGGUUACAAUGAUGCCGAAACGAAGUCCACCUUAAUGUUCGGUAUGCUAGCUAAUACGAUCAAGAACCUGGUAAAAGUCAACGAAGAAAUUACGGCUUAUGAAUGGCGUAGGAGGUAUGCGCGGGAAAGGGAGAAGGUAGGUAAGUCACACAAUACUGUAAGUCAUCUGAAGAGUGAAUUAAAACGUUGGCGAGACAGUGAAACUGUUAAUCAAAUUGAUUGGUCCACAGAAAAUCAAUAUGCCGCUGCUAUAGAUGAUACAAGAGAUUCGAUUACUACGCCCAGUGUCCCCAGUACACCAAUGUUAGACAGCGUCUGUACACAUACACCACGAUCUUAUGGUCUCACAAAUGCAUCUGCAGGCUAUACUUCGGGCAGGGUCACUGUUGGAGCUAGUGUUGCUUCAAGAGCAAGUGUUGAAGCUGAAGAGUUACAGUUGCUUUACAAACAACUGGAUGAAAAAGAUGAUGCGAUAAAUAAACAAGCCUAG